AUGGGUGCUUACUAUGUUCCGGAUGCCUGUGAGGCCCUUAUCUCCCCUAUAUUAUUAACUAUAAAUUUUCAAACAUUUUCUUUUGAGCUUAAUGGACUGAUAUCUUGCAUGUUUUUCUCGAUCAACCUGAUGAUCUCGAUCGGAUUCACCAUUCUGGCCCGUCGUUGGCCAGCCCUGAUGACCGAAUGGACUACAGUCGAGCGCAGUUUACCCCAGCAACCUCAGCUAGCGGGGCUGUCCCAAAGGAAUCGCCGGAGGGUUCUGAUCAUCAUGACGGUGCUUAUUUUAAGUGCCCUUUUCGAACACGCUCUGGCCAAACCGGCCGGUCUCUAUCGGGCCUACAAGUGCGGAAUCACCGAUCUGCUGGAAGCACAUCUGAUGCAGGCAUUCCCGGAAAUGUUUUCCUUUCUGCCGUUUAGUAUUCCUUUGGGUUUUGCUGCUCAGAUAAUUACUAGCUGGUUGACCUUCUACUGGAACUAUGUGGAUCUUUUCAUUAUAGUGCUUUGCAUCGGAUUGCGGCAGAAUAUUCAACAUGUCAACGAAGUUAUCCUCCAAUCAAAGGAUCAUUACCAUUCGGAAAAAUUCUGGCAUGAUCAUUGGAGACAUUUUCAAAAGGCUAGUGGAUUAGUUCACAAGUUGAAAAAGAAAAUGUCCUAUUUGGUUGUGGUUUCGUUCUCGAACAAUACGUUCUUCAUCUGUAUUCAGUUGAUUGGAGUUUUAAAACCUGCUCCUGGAUUCAUUGUGGCCGUUUAUGUUUGGUACUCGCUCGGGCAUCUGAUAAUUCGAAUGAUAUUUAUGACGCUUUAUGCUGCCGAUGUUUACGAUGAAUCUCGACGUCUGCUGCCGCUGUUCCGUUCCAUUCCAAAUCAUCAGUACAAUAAAGAGUUUACAAAACAAAAAUCCGUGUUACAUGACUACGUACAGACUAUUUCCUAA